UGACACAAUCUUUGCACUUUAUAUCUUUUUAGUAGUAGUCUUACUCCACAUACUUUUAGUUUCUGAAAAGUCCAUAAAUUGUUAGAAAUCGCUAAUUCGAUAAUUUCUAAUUAAGUGCUCAUCUCAACAGCUUCAUCCGGGGAAUCUGGAAUCACUAGAACAAGGUCAAAUUUCAAAAACAUGUCAUCUAUGCUUGUUACAUGGGCCUUUCUACUAGUUCUGCUCCUUUGCUCAACGUUCGUCGAUGCCAGUUCAAGACGGGAGGUGAUCACAGCGCGCCAUGGUGCUGUGGCCACUGAUGAUGGUAGAUGCUCAUUAAUCGGAAGAAAUGUGCUGCGUGAAGGAGGUCAUGCUAUUGAUGCAACAGUGGCUGCAGCUCUUUGCUUAGGCGUGGUAAGCCCGGCUUCUAGUGGCAUUGGUGGAGGUGCCUUCAUGGUUUUCAGAUCAGCUCAUGGAAAGGCACAGGCAUUUGACAUGAGGGAAAGUGCUCCAAUUCAGGCUUCCCAGAAUAUGUAUGAUGGAAAUGCUGAUCUAAAAUCCAGCGGUGCACUCUCCGUAGCAGUUCCCGGGGAACUUGCAGGCCUGCACAAAGCUUGGAAAAAAUAUGGAAGGCUCCCGUGGAAAAGACUUGUAAGACCAGCUGAGCGUCUUGCGCGUAGAGGAUUCACAAUUUCAGCAUACCUACACAUGCAGAUGGUUCGAACAGAAUCAGGUAUAAUGAAAGACAAGGGACUUAGUAGCGUAUUAACAUCGAAUAACAGCCUUUUACAGCCCGGAGAUAUGUGUUACAACAAAAAACUAGCAAAGACACUUAGAGCAAUUGCAAAAUAUGGAAUCAAACCUUUCUAUAAUGGAUCCGCCGGGCUUGAUUUGGUUCAAGAUCUGAGAGAAAUUGGAGGGAUACUUACGAUGAAAGACCUGCAGCAGUAUCAAGUCAAAAUGAGGAAACCAAUCUCUGCUGAGACUAUGGGGCUUAAAGUACUUGGUAUGCCACCUCCGUCUUCAGGAGGCGCUUCCAUGGUUCUGAUAUUAAACAUUCUGGCUCAGUAUGGAGCUCAAGGCCUUGCAGGCUCCCUUGGUAUUCAUCGAAACAUUGAAGCUCUGAAACAUGCUUUUGCAGUUAGGAUGAACCUUGGUGAUCCAGAUUUUGUAAAUGUGAAGAACGUUGUAGCUGACAUGCUAUCUCCCAAAUUUGCAAAGGAGCUAAAGAAAACCAUAUACGAUAACAUGACUUUCAGCCCCAGUCAUUACGGUGGCAAGUGGAAUCAGAUCAAUGAACACGGUACCAGUCACCUGUCCAUCGUAGAUGCUGAGCGAAAUGCAGUUUCCAUGACUACAACCGUAAACUCAUAUUUUGGUGCACAAAUUAUGUCUCCAUCUACUGGUAUAGUCCUAAACAAUGAAAUGGAUGAUUUCUCUAUUCCAUUUAAGACCACUGGAGGGGCUAGACCACCAGCUCCUGCAAACUUUAUAGUUCCAGGAAAACGACCACUUUCAUCAAUGACACCUACUAUCGUCCUUAAGGGUAAACGCUUGAUAGGUGUUGUAGGUGCAAGCGGGGGAUCCAUGAUCAUUGCUGGAACAACAGAAGUAUUCUUGAAUCAUUUUGCCAGAAAAUUGGAUCCUUUAUCUUCUGUCAUGGCUCCAAGAGUCUAUCAUCAGUUGAUCCCAAAUGUGGUUCUGUACGAGAACUGGACUACAGUUAUUAACGAUCACUUUGAAGUUCCAGCAGAAACAAGAGCAUCCCUACAAAAGAAGGGCCAUGUCCUAGAAGGUCUUCCUGGAGGAACAAUUUGUCAGUUUGUAGCUAUUGAGGAGGAAAGACAUUCCAAGCUGGGACAAGUUGUAGCAGUAAGUGACCCAAGAAAAGGUGGAAUCCCAGCUGGUUUUUGAAUCUGUUAGGCCACUUGGGGAGCAAUUGCUUGGUCUCAGACAUGGCAGAAUUGUGCUUUAGCCCCUCCCACCCCCCAAACCACCAGAUGCGCGCUUACCAUAGCACAAAGAGAGCUGAUUUUUUUUCUUUUGAUAAGAAAUUGUUAUAAGAAAAACAUAAAUAUAAUUUGUUACUUAUAAUGGUUAUAAAUAAUUCGCAACCCACAAGAAGAAGCUAUUAAGCAGUA